UCUCAGAAUCGGCAGUCUAUCUAUCUAUCUAUCUAUUUGUAUGUGAAUUUGUAUGUCUUUACAUUUCGCCCGUAUCCUCGACACGUCCGACCCGCUUUUCCUCCGCCUCCGGUGCUACCGCAGCUCAACGUCCGAGCCCGGACGGCUCGUCAAGUCCUCGUCUCAUUCAUCGCCUUCUCCGUUGCCCGAGUGACGGCAACCCCUACCCCCAUGGCCCACACUCUGCCUCACACUCUGCCCCAUGCACCCACACUUUGUCACCUACGCUUCACUCUCUUUUCGCAAGAGCCACCCGGACUUGAUGGCGUAAUGUAUGCGAAAGCAGAACUUGCAGAGCCGAUGAGUUGUGCUGACCUGGCGACGGCGACUGUGACUGUGACUGUGACUGUGGCCGAAUUACGUAAUCCCAUCUGCCCGCCAGUCGGCCGGACUGGCACUGGCCGACGCCAAAUGCGGCCCACUUGCUCCAUUUGUUGUCGACACGAGGCAGCACAUCGUCCGGUACACAAAGACACACGACAGUCGAGUUGA